ACUUAUCUCAGACAUUUAAUGGUGUUAACCCUUAAUCGUUUUGUCAUUUCAAAUGUAAACCCCUUGCAACUUCCUUUUCUGAACGAACUCCACUCGGCAUCGGUUGUAAUUUUACUAAGUUGAUCACCGUAACUCCAUAGAUCGGCUUCAAGAUGUCCGGAGGUUUAGACGCACUUGCUCUUAAAGAGGAAGAUGUUACAAAGUUUUUGGGAUGUUCAACACACUUGGGUGCCCAAAAUGUUGACUUCCAGAUGGAACAGUAUGUGUAUAAAAGGAAACCAGAUGGUGUUUACAUCAUCAAUCUGAGAAAGACAUGGGAGAAACUUCUGCUUGCAGCCAGGGCUAUUGCUGCUAUUGAGAACCCAGCAGAUGUGUGCAUAAUCUCUGCAAGGCCAUAUGGUCAGCGUGCUGUCCUGAAAUUUGCUUCUGCUACAGGAGCAACCCCCAUUGCUGGUAGAUUCACACCAGGUACAUUCACCAAUCAAAUUCAGGCUGCAUUCAGAGAACCACGUCUGUUGGUUGUCACAGAUCCAAGAACUGAUCACCAGCCAGUCACUGAGGCUUCUUACGUUAACAUCCCGGUCAUUGCUCUCUGCAACACAGAUUCCCCUCUCAGAUAUGUUGACAUUGCCAUCCCGUGUAACAAUAAGGGACCACAGUCUAUUGGUCUGAUGUGGUGGUUGUUGGCUCGUGAAGUACUUCGUCUUCGUGGUACCAUCAGCCGAGAACAUCCAUGGGAUGUGAUGGUAGAUCUCUACUUCUACAGAGACCCUGAAGAGGCCGAGAAGGAAGAGCAAACUGCCAUUGCUGAGAAGGCUGUUGCUAAAGAACCAACUGAUCAGUGGGCACCCGAGGCAGUUCCCCAGAUUCCACAGCAGACUGAGGUAACUGACUGGGCUGCAGAAACUAUGAGCACCCAGCCUGCUAUUGGCGGUCAAUUCAUGGGUUCCAGCGUACCUGCACCAACUGAAGACUGGUCAGCUACUGAUGACUGGUCCAAACAGGUACCUGCCACUACAGGCGCACCAGCAGCAGGACAGCCUCCAGCCAACUGGGGAGGAGAUUCUACUGUAGAAAGCUGGUAGAAGUUGAAAGUUAAUUAAGAACUUUUGAAGAAAUAUGCACAUGCCAGCAAGUGAAGAGAAAAAAAUAAAAAGGGAAAACAAAUA